AGACAACAUGGGAAAGUGAACAGGACGAUCAUUGGAGAUUUUGCAAACUUUAUUUCACUGCUAAAACAACGUUUUAAUUGGAAAAAUUCAAAUACGAUUAAGUUAAUAAUAACAAAUUAACGCUGCAUUUAAAGAAUAAAAGUAAUUGUAAACAUUUAGCAAGCUUGAAACGCACAAUAAUUAUGUAGUGCGCAAAGUGUUGAUCGUGAGCAGCUGGCAGGCACAGCAAAAAAAUAAUUUAAAUAGACAAAUACGGAAAGAAAUUAAGUACUAGUGUAUACAAAUAAAAAAAAAUACAUACGUAAAAAUUUGCAAUGUUUAUACAAGACCUCAGACAGGAUUUCUACAAUCGACUAGUGGGCAAACGCCUGCUUAUAAUUGUCAAUUAUGAUAUUGAUGCUAUAUGUGCGAGUAAGAUUUUGCAGUCACUCUUCAAAUAUGACCACAUGCUAUAUUCGGUAGUGCCCAUAAUGGGUUUGGCCGGUUUGCAACGCGCUUACAACGAACAUCAGGGUGAUGUAAAGUAUGUGCUGUUAGUCAAUUGUGGCGGUUGUAUAGACAUAGUAGAAUUGCUACAACCUGAAGAGGAUGUAACGUUUUUUAUUUGUGAUGCGCAUCGGCCGUUAGAUGUAUGCAACAUUUACAGUGACCGGCAGGUGUGCAUAUUAGGCGAUCCUGCGCAAGAAGAAAAUAUACCCGCAUUCGAAGCCAUAUUCUGUGAAUCGGAAGAUGAGGAAAGUGAUAACGAUGCAGAUGAUGAUGGUGGUCACGAUAGUGGCGCUGGCGGUUCUGAUGAGGAAGACAGUGAAAAAGUAGAUCGACCGCCAGCACAGAAGUUGAGUCGCCUCGAACGUCACGAGCAACGUAUUAUAAAACAACGACAACGUCGUACAUGGGAGCACGAACGUGAUCGCAUAAUGUUUGAAUAUACACAGUACAGUUUUUAUGGACGUUCGACGGCAUUAACCAUUUUCGAAUUGGCUUGGAAACUGUCCAAAGAUAAUAUGGAUUUAUUGUGGUGGGCAAUUGUGGGACUCACAGAGCAAUUGAUUUUGGGCAAAAUCGAGAGUAGCGCUUACACGCUGGAAAUAGAGCAUGUACAAUCGCAUGUAUCGCGUUUAACUAACAAAACGAAUGAUCAGAGCAAUAUGAGCGCAUCGAAGAUCAAUUUUGAAAAUGAUUUGCAUUUAGUGUUGUAUCGACACUGGAGUGUGGUGGAGUCAAUGCGCUACUCUAUGUAUUGUGCGUGCAAAUUGCGUUUAUGGACGUUGCGCGGUGAGAAGCGUCUACAUGAGCUGUUGGUCGAAAUGGGUUUGCCAUUGGUGCAAGCGCGACAGAUGUUUAGCGCAAUGGAUUUGGUGUUGCGUCAGGAGUUCUAUAAAAUGUUGGAAAAACUGGCGGAAAAAUAUAACAUUCCGGAUAUAGUAUAUGGUUCAUUCACACUCAAUUAUGGCUAUCGCAAUCGUUAUUCAGCUGCCGAUUAUGUCUACGGCAUGUUAGCCAUUUUGGAAUCAGUGAAAAAGGAUAAAACGCCAGAGGAUUGUUUUCUGGAAGCGUUGGAUAGUUUAUCGCGCAGUCAUCGUGACAUUAUGGUAGAAGGUAUUGAAAAUGCCAAACUAUUACUAUCGUCCAUAUUCAAACAAGUACAAAGCAGCUUGGAGGCGCAUCAAGUUCUCUCUACGGGCACAUUCUUCUAUUACAUUUUAAACGAAGAAAAUACAUAUUUCUCCUAUCCGUACGGUUUGACUUUGCUGGCAAAGUUUAUGUUAAAUGGACACGUCGCAGUGUCGCGCAGUCGUCAAGCGCCCGAAUUGCCGCUAAUCGCCAGUUGCCCAGUGGACUUGGAACGUGGUCUCUGUCUGCUGGUGGGCAUACCACCGGUGCGUGAAGAUUCACCGAAAAAUUUCUUUGGCAAAGCGUUCGAACAGGCCGCCAGCAAAUGUAAUGCAGUUAUUUUACAGGAUUUCUUCGAGACCUCACUAAUACAAAUAAGACAAAAUGAUAUGGCGAAAUUUUUAGAUGCACUCACUGUGCUUUUGGCUUAGUAACAACAAACAGUUGACUUUUUAAGUUUAGUUUAUAAGCAAUUAAGUAAAUUAAUAUACUAGACGUUUUAUUUAUAAGAGUUGUAAACAAUAUUUAACCGUUAUAUGACCUGAUAAGAUUGUUAACAUUAGAUUUUUAGUAAUAUUUGUAAACACAAUAGCACAACGUUGACUUGGAUUGUUUGUAAUUGGUCAAUGCCGUUAUACAUACAUACAAAUUUGUGUUUUAUUUAGCAUUUCAAACGACGCAAAAGCAUGCACAAACGCAUUGAGCCAAACAAAAUAUAAAGCGAAAACUUUUAGAAACACACUAUUACAAAAACAAAAAAAAA